AAAUUCACAGAGUAGUAUAACUAACACCUGAUUGGCUGGUUGGUAGCCAUGGAGAUCUGUUAUCCAAUGACUGCCCUCUGCUUCUGUUCUAUUUAUAGACAUACGCCGUGGAUGACACUAGGUUAGAACCGUGAACGUUACCAUGUUCGUGAUUUUCUGACUGCUGACGGCAAAAAUUACUCGAUAAUUUUCUUUAUAUAAUUAUUUCUUCGUGAAAACAAUAACAUAAUAUGAUCAUUUUAACUUUAAUGUAUAGUGGUAUGAAAAAUACCAGUGUGUCGUAGUGAUGCGUCAUCAAUAUAGUGGUAUGAAAAUACCGCAUGGUGUUGAAGCGAUACGUAAUCACAAAGUACAAAUCCUUUUCCCGGACCAUCCUCAAAAUUUUACGACUCUUCAACUGCAAGAUCGAUAUGAAUUAAAGCAGUAUUACCCAGAUGUUAUAAGUUCCAGUGUUCUUGUUGAUAUCUUUGAUGAUGGUAUUCCAAGAUACAGUGUACAGGUUGGGUCAUUGCCAACAGCUGUUCAAGACCAGUUAGAAGGUGACACACAGGCAAACUUUUGUGACUUAAGGGCAGCUCUCUUCAUGGUCAGUUGGCAGGAGGCACACAUACUCUCAAGAGCUAACUGCAUUCUUAUGUGGAAUAAAAAUAAUGCUUUCUGUGGUAAAUGUGGAGCUCCAACACAAAGGAAUGCUGCAGGUUAUACUCGAAAAUGCACAAGUUGUGAAAUGACACAUUACCCUAGUUCAAGUCCUGUUGGUAUAGUUGUAGUUACAGACCCAGAUCACCAAAACAUGGUGCUUGUACGACAACCACGACACCCUCCUGGAAUGUAUUCAUGUGUUGCUGGAUUUUCAGAUGUUGGGGAAAGUUUAGAAGAGACUGUACGCAGAGAAGUAGCUGAAGAAGUUGGAAUUGAAGUAACAGCGGUGAGAUACGCUGCCUCACAGCAUUGGCCUUUCCCAGGAUCUCUCAUGGCAGGCUGUUAUGCCAUUGCGGAAAAGCAAGAGCUCUCAAUAGAUAAAAGUGAACUACAAGAUGCACGGUGGUUUUCUAGGAAAGAAAUUGGCUCAGCACUACAAAGGAUUGAUCGAAACCCUCUCUUACGGCUUCGAGGCAAUCCUUCAGGGGAACUCUUUAUUCCACCACCUGGAGCAAUUGCUUAUCAUCUCAUUUCCCAUUGGAUGAAAGGCACUCCAAUUAAAGAUAUAUAUCAACAAAUAUAUUAGGUUAAACUUUCCGAAUCUAAAGCUUCGUUUUGAAAAUUCAAUAGAAUUAGUCCAGUUUGACAUGGGAAUUUUACCUAUAUUAUUUCCAGCACACUGUACUUAAUGUUACCAUGGAAAUUUUCUGUAAAACUAUAAAAGGGGUAUAUUCUUCUACUUUAUUUUCCUCAUUCUCUUCCUUAACUUUAUUCACUUUUAUUCCCUGUCUCCUUUUAUUACCUGAAUGUCCUCUGACACAGAUGCACAUACAGAUGUCAUUUUUUCUAUACAGUAAUUUUUUUGCAUUAAACAAGCUAGUAGCAGACAAGACCAGGAUAUUAGCAAAAUUCCUCCUCUUCAUAUUUCUUUGUAUUUAUUCUUUGUAUAUAGUACAUGAAUUUUACAAAACAUAAAUUUCCUUUUAUAGCACUCUUUUAUCUUAUGGAAAAUUGCAAGCAAUUGACAACAUAUUAAGAAGUAAUGUACAUUUGAAGUAUUUCACAUUGAAAGGCGACAAAUGCCAAAGGCAAAAUUUGCCAAAUUGUCUUCAUGGUAUGGUGAUAUUGCAAUGUUUUAAAUUUUUUUAACAUUAAUGGAAUCAUUUCUUUAUGUAGUGUUGUGGUUUUGGGCUAUAUUUUAUAAUAGUAAAAAAAAGCUAAAUGUGGAAAAAUGUCUAUAUGUAUUUGUAUGUCAAGAGUGCCAUGACUGUUUCAGAGAUGCUCAUAAAACUUUUGUUUGAGGUGCAUUUCACAAAAUUUUUGACAAAAAGUUUCCAUAUAAACCCAUUAAUCACAAUUAGCCCUAUUCCUUGUGAAAUGGACCCAACUACAGCAACUUGAGUUGGAAGAAGACAAGUCCUACUGUGCAUGACCAGCUCAUGAUGAGUGUCUUGUUAUAUCUUGAAGCCAACCCCCAUCUGGAAGAUUAAGGAGAAGGGAGGAGGGCACUUAAGAUUAUGACUAAUGGAUUUUGCACAAAAAUUAGUUAUAUGAAACCCACUGAAUCUUAAUGAGCCUGAAUCACAUUUCAGGAAGGGUGAAGCAUCAGAGACUCUGAAGAAGACCUAGAUGUAAGGAGUCCAUUUGCUGUAGAUGAAGGGCAGUGGAGACAGCAGCAAUCUUUGAAUUUUUUAUAAUCUUGUAAGCAAUGUAUGUAGUAGAAGCUGUAACCACAGGUAAUACAUGUGCUAAGCACCUGAGGUAUAAAGGGAAGUGCAUCAAGAGAAGACAUCUUAAGAAAUGAAGUCUAAGAGGAGGAGGAUGGUUGACUAAAAUUUCAGGACAUGAUCUACUAUAUGAAAAAUAAACACAUUCCAUGCCACAAUCAUAGACAAAAUGUUGCAAAGGCAACUUUUUAAGACUAAAGAACUGCUCUAAGGAUAGCAAAGAGAAGAAUGUUCUUUGGAGAUAAAAUCCUACAGGAACCAAGGAACAGAGUGACAGAGAACUCAAUUAUACUUCUUGCCAACCACAAAUUUUGUUGAGUGCCAAAGUAUGGAGGGAGCAGAACUACUAUCCACAUGACAACUGCUGCUGUGACCUCUGGGUUGCUACCCUUCCAAAUGUUAUGCCUAAUACCUAGUAUUAGAAAAGCUGCAGAGACUUGAGCACGAUUGUACAACCAACGGAAGAGGCUGCUCUAUAGCACUCUUUCAAGCAAGAUGAAAUUAUAUCUGUGAAUGGUGAGAACAGAAAAAUAACACUGCUGCUGUGGCAAAAAAAGUGGGAUGGGUGGGGGAGAAGGAAGUCAUUUGGGCCUAAUACUGGGAAUUUCCAAGCCUGUCUGUACCACCUGAGCAGGAAGAGCAUGAAUGAAUAUACUUAAACCUUCCACAGACUGGAGCAUAACCAAAAAAGUCCAAUCUGUCGUGUUUUAGCUGUGAGGAACAGAACCAAGGGAGCCUGACCAAUUAGGAUAUAAUGAACAGACCCAGCCAAGUCCCCCUCAUUCAUCAUCAAGCAAAAAAACUCAGUUGCUGACAAGCAAAGAAACUGUUCUUGUCCUUCCUGAAGGUCAUAAAGGUGAGAAGCUAGGAGUAUCAGAAGCAUGGAAAGUCAUUAUUAGUGGAGCUUCUUCAACAGCUAUUGUGGGAAUGAUGUUAAUAAGAAUCAGAAGAACAUUGGUGGGAUCCUCAUAAGGUGAAAACCCAAGAGCUGUCCCCAGCAUGAAGUGAACUGCGUGGAGAACCUGCUUUAGUUGAUUGCAAGUAUCUCCUUUCUCGGGGCGAAUAAAGAAAACAAAUAACCCUCUAGAAAGCCUCUGAAGGUGAAAGGACUUUAUUCUAAACAUGGGUCACCACUGAUAUGGCAUGAGCCCACAUCAUCUCUUGCGCUGAGGGGAUUGGUUUGAACUUCAUCAAGUAGCACUAUAUGUUGAAAGGCUAUCAUAGAGACAGAAAAAACACUGUAUCCCCCUUUAAAGUCCCUUGAAACUGAGAUCUGCACAACAGACUAGUACCCAUGCAGAGACGGAUUCAGAGAGCUAUGUCAGAAUACACAAGCAAAGUUCGUGUGACGACCUGAGGGGCAGCAUGCAGACUGUAGCCAAUUAAAGUAAAAUCCUGUCAAAGAAGCAAUGAGAUGUCAUCAAGAGCUUGAGAACAGGACAAGCAAGCAUGAUUCUUGUAGGCUUAAUGUAGCAAAGAAGCUCCAAUAUCCUUACAUCUCCAAGAAACCCGAUGCAUCCCUUAAUGGACAUCUUAAACAAGGUACAAAACUGAUGAAACCUUCUACAGAGCUUGAGGUUUGAACUACGAUGAUCUGAAAGAAAACUUCAAGAAAUUUAUCAAAGGUUCCAGUAUCAGGUGGCAUCACCUUUACUAGAUAGAAGAGAUACAAAGGUCAUCAACUUGGAUAGUGGGUUAGAACCGAUGUAGAGGACUGUCUUGAAGAAACUAAAAAGCAAGAUGAGCAUUCUACUGUGGUGAUUGGUAUCAUCAAAAGGAUUUCUCUCCACUCAGAGUUCCUGUUCGGUAGACAAGAUCUUCUGGAUAUUUGUCAGAACAGAGUAAGUUCUUUCUGUUGAUACUGGCGAGGGCCUACAGGGCUGACUUGUAAUUGGUUCUCUGAAGGAUGUGGACAUCACUUUUCCCUGAGGAUUCUCAAUGUGGUAUAAGAGCUUUGAGUGGUUUCAUUCGCCUAGGAAACUCAGACCUCCAAUGUGGGACCUUACUUGGGUACUGAGCAGUCUCACUCAAGCUCCUUUGAGCGCACGUAUCAAUCAUCUUACAGGAAACUGACUUUGGAAACAGUUUUCCUGCUGACUUUGGCUUCCUUGGAAGAGUUUGAGAGCUACAGGAUCAAACUUAUGACGUAGUCUCAAUGGGUUGAGAUCAGUAGCUUUCAAAUUUGCCCCAGGAAUUGUGGCUAAGACCCAGAUUCCCAGGGUUCACAAUGACAGCUUUGCAUCCUUUUCUGUUCCUUAUGGUGUGGAGUUUAUCAGUAACCUUCAAGAGUUUCUGUUUUGACCCGUCAAAGCACUGCGGGUCUCGUCACUUAGAGCUUAGGUGUCAUAGACUUUUAACCCUUAAACGCCGAAGCGGUAAAAAAAAAUGUCUCCUGUGUGCUGGAGGUGUUUCAGAGUGAGAGCGGAAGCGGAAAAAAUAUUUUUUUCAAAAAAUCACAGCGCGCUUAGUUUUCAAGAUUAAGAGUUCAUUUUAGGCUCCUUUUUUUGUCAUUGCCUGAAGUUUAGUAUGCAACCAUCAGAAAUGAAAACAAUUAUCAUUAUCAUAUAUAAAUAAUGCGAUAUAUGAUAGCGCAAAAACAAAAUUUCAUAUAUAAUUGUAUUCAAAUCGCGCUGUGCGCGAAACGGUUAAAGGUAACAAGUUACUUUUUUUUUCGUUGUAAUGUACACUAAAUUUUGAUCAUUUUGGUAUAUAACACAUUGUAAAAUGAUAAAAGCAACACAGAGAAAAUAUUAUCACAAUAUAAUGCAUGAAUUCGUAACGUGCGGACGUAAACAAAUAUUUUUUUCAAAAAUUCACCAUAAAUCUAAAUAUUGUCCUAGAGACUUCCAAUUUACUUCAAAAUGAAGACAAAUGAUUGAAUAUUACUAUACUAUAAGAAUAUUAGCUUACAAAUGCAGUUUUUGACCAUAUCUGACGAGUUAAAGUUGACCGAAUGUCGAAUUUUUUUAAAUAUAUUUUUUUAUAUGCAAUUAUUUCGGUAAUAAGAAAAGCUACAACCUUCAAAUAUUUUUCGUUUUAUUCUACAUGAAAUUGCGCACAUUUUCAUAUAUAAAACUCUAUGAAAUGCCUAAUAUGAAAUGGAGCAAAUAUUCCGAGAAUGGGACGUACGGAUUUCGGAGAUUUGUGGCGGAGAAUCCGUGCGCGGAGGGAAGGAAAGUUUUUUUUUUUAAAUUCACCAUAAAUCUAAAUAUUGUGCUAGAGACUUCGAAUUUGUUUCAAGAUGAAGAUAAAUGACUGAAUAUUACUAGAAUGUAAGAGUUUUAGCUUACAAUUGCGUUUUUCGACCAUUUCAGUAGAGUCAAAGUUGACCGAACGUGGGUUUUUUUCUAUUUAUCGUGAUUUAUAUGCAAAUAUUUCAAAAAUGAGAAAAGUUACAACCUUCAAUUAUUUUUUUUUGUAUUCUACAUGAAAUUGCGCACAUUUUCAUAUAUAAAACUUUAUGUAACGGCUAAUUUAAAAUGGUGCAAACAUUACCACAAUUGCACGUAUGAUUUUUUCGGAAGAGUUACCGCGAGGACGUAAAGAAAAUGUUAUUUUCUUCAUAAAUUCACCAUAAAUUGAAAUAUUGUGCUAGAGACUUCCAAUUUGUUGCAAAUUGAAGGUAAAUGCUUGAAUAUUACUAGAAUAUAAGCAUUUUAGCUUACAAUUGCGUUUUUCGACCAUUUCGGUAGAGUCAAAGUUGACCGAAGGUUGAAAAUUUGUCAUAUCAUUUUUUAUAUGAAAAUAUUUCAAAAUUGAUAAAAGCUACAACCAUGGGUUGUUUUAGUUGUAUUGUGCAUGAAAUUGCGCACAUUUUCUUAUAUAAAACUUUAUGGAACGGCUAAUUUAAAAUGGUGCAAACAUUACCACAAUCGCAUGUAUGAUUUUUUUCAGAAGAGUUACCGCACGGACGUAAGGAAAAAGUUUUUUCAUAAAUUCACCAUAAAUCGAAAUAUUGUGCUAGAGACUUCCAAUUAGUUGCAAAAUUAAGGUAAAUGAUUAAAUAUUACUAAAAUAUAAGAGUUUUAGCUUACAAUUGCGUUUUUCGACCAUUUCGGUAGAGUCAAAUUUGACCGAAGGUUGAAAUUUUGGCACUUAUCGUUAUUUAUAUGAAAAUAUCUCAUAACUGAUAAAAGCUACAAUCAUAAGUAUUUUAUUGUUGUAUUUACAUAAAAAUGUGCACAUUUUCAUAUAUAAUCCAUGUAACGGCUAAUUUAAAAUGGUACAAAAAUUAUGUCAAAGUGACAAAAUAAUUUCCGAGAUGUGUCACAGAUACUUUUUAGUGCGGCAAGAAAGAAAUUCGCGCUUGCGCGCCUGCGUAACGAUUGUAAACAAAACAACACCUUGAUCCGUGAACUCCCAGCAUCCCCCAAGGCGCGUGAUUCAAGAGUUUUCGGCUGGUAGGCCUAAAAGUAUUUUUCCGCGAAUUUUUAAAAAACUUUUGUGUGUCGACGUAAAAUACGUCCAGUCGGCACCCAAGAGACAAAAAAUGUAGACGUAAAAUACGUCCAGUCGGCGUUUAAGGGUUAAGUUACUGCAAACCAGAUCAAGAAACAUGUGUCCUAGAAUACCAUUUAACUACACAAAGUGAAUAGGCAAGCCUAAUUCUCAUCGUCAAGUUCUGUCACCAAUUAGGUACAUGCAGAAACGCAUGGCACCAGAGGAUUAGGUUCCUCCCUGGCAAUUUGGAAGAACUUAUCUGUUCAUAGGUUUUUUCUUUGGGUCCAGAGGUGGUUGUUCAACAAGUGUGAUUCAUCCAGUGCCCCUAGCAGGAAAAGGAGCUGACACACCUGAAGGGAUUAGUGUAUUGGUUUUGUACCAAAUUCAGUUUGCUUCUAUAUUUUGUUUUUCACUAAAUCAACCAUACGAGCUCAGCCUCUGACAUUUGCAGGUUGCAUGGAAUACAAUACCUCACUUAAGGGGAUCAGCUAGCUGAAAUAUGACAUCUUUUAAUCUCUUUGUAUUUUUCAUAGCUAACAAACCAUAGGUCCUAACAAUAGGAUAAUCUUCUUGCACCCGCUGAAAACCAGUUAAAAACAAUCAAAGAUUUUAAGGCUUGGAAUCUGUGGCAUCUGGCAUCUCAUACAUACAUACAUGGUGGAAGCUGGUCACCUUCCAGGCAUAGAACCCUCUGAUGCAUCAGCCUUUCUCCCAACCCAGGAAAAGAGGAGUGGCUAAAGGUGGGCAGUAAACGUUAAGACCUCAGGUUUGUUAGCUAUGAAAAAUACAAUUGAUUACAAAAUUUCUUUGUUCAUACGUGGAACAACCCUUCGGUCUUAACGAUAGGAUAGACAUAUUUGGAGGGAGGUACAAGUACCCUCAGCUUGUAGUUUAACCCACCUGACCACCGUUCCUAGAAGAACGAAUUCUAAAGAAGGGGGUCCUAGCCUGUGAGGUAAUAAACAAUCUGAGAUCUAAAAACUCAGCCAAUUGGGUUGAAACACAAUGAUUUAUGACCAGUUUCAUUGCAUUCCAGGAAUAUAAAGAAAACUGUGUUUAAGCAACAAACCAUGCAAGCCACGGGGGUUUGUCACCACUCCUCACGCCCCUUGCUAGAGAGAGGAGUACUUGCUACUGAAUAGCAGAUUUGUCAAUUGUAUAGUAACAAUACAAAACCACCACCAGUAUGACCACCCGACGCACCUGUAUCAGACCAGUUCCAGCAUAUGACGUGUCUAUUCUUCGACCCGCCCAUGAGAGAGAGAGAGAGAGAGCGCCAAUGCCCUCAUUCUCUCUUCCACACAAUCAUCUUUAGGUAAGAUACAAACUGUCCUGUCAAGGGCACUGGGUGAAUUACACUUGUUAGGCUGCCACCACCGGACCCAAGGAAAGUGGCCAAGGACCUGUGGGUAACGUUCUUUAAGUAAAAGAAAAGUGAACGUGGAUUGACAUAGCCAAGAACCAGUGCUCAAAAUUCAAUGAACAGACAAGUCCUUAAAUGCAGAGAGGAACUGAUACCUCUGAUGUCAUGUGCACUAGCCUGCACAGACUUAGUGACUGAACUAGUAUGUGAAGAAUAAGCCUGUUUAAUUGUCUCGUGUAACUAGAAUGUAAUCCUGUCCUUGGACACUUCCCUUCUGGACCGACCUGUGCUAACAAAAAGUCUACAGCACCUAGGUCUUAGGUGAUGAGUCCCUUUUAGAUAGCAUUGUAGUGCUCUGACAGGACAAAGAAAGAGCACUUGUGGAUCUUUGUCCACAAAGUCAUUUAGUGAGGGAAUAGAAAACGAGGCAAAUAUGUCGUCAUUCACCGAGAGAUUCUGGGUCUUACCCGUGAAUUCCAGGACAAAUUUGAAGGCCACAGACCCUAACCCCUGGUGUAUUUAACAUCAUAACUUAGGUCAUAAAGCUCCCAGCUCUCUUCAAAGAAGCUAAAGCUAACAAGAAAACUGACUUUGGAGUAAGAUCCCUUUCUGAUAAUCAAUGUAGGAGCUUGAAUGGAGCUUGAAUAACUCCUCAGGACAAGAGAAAGAUCUCAUGCAGGAAGCUUGAGUUCUAUUGGUGAACAGGACUGUUCAAAACUCCUGAACAAUGAGAUUUCCCGGGACGAAGAGAUGUCAAUGCCUUUCAGGUGCAAAACCAAGCCCAAGGCUGCUCUGUAGCCUCUAAAAGCUGAAAUGGAGAGACCUUUCCAACCCUGAGGAAUAUCAGGAAAUCCACUAUUCGCUGAACAGAAGCUCUGAGUGGAGAGAAACCCUGUUGACACCAGUCACAAUAGACUGCCCAUUUUCCCUGGUAAACUGCCGACGAAGAUUUCCUGAGAUAGCCAGACAUCUGGCCCACACCCUUUCGAGAUAAACUUCUCGCUCAGAGGAGAUACUUGAUAGUCUUCAGCCGUGAAGAGACAGGGACUCUAUUGACUGGUUAACUUUUUCACACAAGGUUGGCAAAGGAGCUGUUGCCAUGGGGGAAUUUCUCUUGGAACUUCUGACAUAAGAGACAGGAGGUCCAGAACCACUCUGUUUUAAGGCCACAGAGGUGCCACCAGUCUUCCUGAGAUUUUGAGAACUAAUUACUCUCUUCAGAACUUAAUGGAUCAGGCAGAACGUAGGGAAGGCAUACACCUCAAGAUUGUCCCAAGGGUGCUGGAAGGCAUACUCUUCUAGAGCAAGAGGAUCCGGGACCACUGAACAGUAAACCUCCAGCUUCCUGUUGAAGCAUAGGCCUUCCCCAAACAUGAAAAAGGCUGUCCAUCACGUCCUGAUGCAGAAACCUCCCCAUGCCCAGGAUUUGGUUCUGACGACUCAGGUUGUCAGCCACCACAUUCCUCUUGCCUGGAAAUGUACCUGGUGGAGAGCUCCACCGAGUUGUUUAUUGCCCACUGGUGCAUGUCAACUGUCAACGAAUGAAGUUGAUGAGACACCAGGCCCCCCUUCUUGUUCACAUAAGUGACAACUGUGGUGUUGUCAGACAUCUGUAUGACGGAACGACCCUCUACCCUCUCCCGGAACUCCCACAGACCUUGGAAAGCUGCUUUCAACUCCAAAAUGUUGAUGUGAAGCAGCUUGUCCUCUGCACUCCAAACACCUGAGGCAAGGAGAUCUUCCAGAUGAGCACCUCAACCAUUUAAUGGAGUAAGUCUGGAGGGGGUGAAUGCAGAGGGACCUCCACCACAAGAUUUUGGUUGUCCAACUACCAACAAAGGUCUUUUCUCACCACUCUCCCGGGGACCAGAAUUCUUUCAGUAUUUAAUGUAGAGAACGAAGGUGAAUGCGACCAUGAGGGACCAGCUUCUCCAGAGAAGACAAAAUCCCCAGAAGGACCUGCCACUGGUGAGCUGGCUGUUCGAUCUGUGACAGGAAUAAACUUGCCAUCGACCUGAACUUCUCCAACCUCUGAUCCAAUGGAAAAACCCUUGAUGCCACCGUAUCUAUAUCCAUAUCCAGAUAGAGAGCUCUCUGGCUGGAACCAGAUAGGACUUCUCCAGGUUUACUACUAUGCCUAGCUCCUGACAAAAUUGAAGACAGCAAUCCCUGUCUUGAAGUAAUUACUCCCUGGAGCUUGCUAAGACCAGCCAGUCAUUAAGGUAUCUCAACAGGCAAAUCCCUUGAGCAUGAACCCACAUCGAGACUUGGGCAAAGACCCUUGUGAACACCUGAGGGGCCAUAGUUAGCCUGAAGCAAAGGACUUUGAACUGGAAGACUUGCUCACCCAGGCUUAAGAGAAGGAACUUCCUGGAUGAAGGGUGGACUGGAAUCUGAAAGUACAAGUCAACGGACAGCAAGAAGUCGUCGUCUCUUAUUGCUGCCAGAACUGUCUGGGCAUCUCCAUCCCGAACCUUGUCUUCCUUACAAAGCAAUUCAUUGUAGAAAGGCCUAUCACUGGUCUCCAGUAACUGUAGCCUUUGGAACCAAAAAAUCUGACUGUAAAACUCCAGUGAAGGAUGAUGCACUUCUUCCACUGCACCCUUGUCCAGCAUCAUCAACACCACCUCACACCUUCUACCCCUUCCUCUAGUUCCCCUCCCAACCUUGUAGGGGUGAGAUUGAAAGGGAUGCUGCUACUAUCUUGACUUUGACCAAGAAGCAGACUGAGAAGUUCUUUACAGAAGUCAAACGCCUGGACGACAUGACAGGAGGAGUCUGGUCUGCUGUUGGGGAGGGGGGGGAGGAGAAAGAGAAUUAGCCUCUGAUUUAGAUACUGCCUGAUGCACUAGCCUAUCUUUGGUAUCUGAUCAUCGCCGGUCGAUUGCAUCUUCUAAAAGAGUUCUUGGGAAAGGAAGUUAUGACUCAGAGGGUGGUCACUGACCACUUGUGCAUCUUCACCACCAUGUCACACAAUUCUGGUGGUAUUGUCCCUCCUUGUUUGUUUAUGUAGGCCAUUACUGUGGUGUUGUCACUCAUGACGACUGCUUAGAGGUCCGCUAGGUGGUGCUGGAAGUGUUGAACGACCAACGAGACUGCCUUCAUCUCUCUAAGGUUGAUGUGCUCCCAUCUCUCUCUAGGCCUCCCCUACAUCCCUGAAUCGCUCUACUCAGGUGCACAUCUUAGCCCCUUUUGAGGGCUAGAAUACUAGUAUCUUGAAGUGUGCCUUGUUCUGUAUACCCCAUGCAAGUGGUUGGUUGGGUCACUCCACCACACUAGGUCCUCCUUUACUUUCAUCAUCAUCCUAUACACAAGGAUGGGUCCUAAUCCAGCUGGUGCCAGGUCUCCUUCAUCUGCCACAAACGGGAACAAAUGUGGAAUUGCCCCUGGGGACUAACUUUUCAAGGAAAACCAGAUGACCCAGGAGGACCUGCCACUGCCUCUCUGGUUGGAGGGCUUCUAUGAGGAAAAUGACAAAGAUCCUAAGAAAGUUGGAAGCCCUCUCCUGUGACAGGUAGGCUCCCACUGCCACCAUGUCAAUCUGCAUCCCCAGAUACUUGAUCUUCUAUUGGAGGAAGGGUAGGACUUUGGUUGACCACCACUCCUAGCUCUUGGCACAGUGCCAGGCUCUUGUCCCUGUGACCAGCCAGUUAAGGUAAUGUCUUAACCAUAUGCCUGAGUGUGCCCAGGAGGACAUGAGUUGAAACGCUUUUGUGAAAACUUGUGGUGUCAUCACCAGGCUGAACCAGAAAGCCCUGGAUUGGUAGGUUACUCCCCUGGAAAGCAAUGAUACUUCCUAGGGGUCAGGUGGAUUGGUAUUUGGAGGUUGAUGUCCUACAGAUUCAUUAAGACCAUGAAGUCUCCUCUGAUUAAUGCCAAGACUGACUGAGGAGUCUCAGUUGAAAACAAAGUUUGCUGAAGGAGCCAGUCCAGAUCAGUAAAUCUGCCACAGACCUUUUCCACCAACAGGAGUUGGCUUUAGAAUCCUGGAUAGUUGUUCUUCACUGCUUCUUCUACAACAUGGAACCGAGACAGAGGUGGUUUCAUUGGGUCGAAAGGUAGUCUGCAUGUCUGCUUGAGGACCAACCCUGUCCACUCCUCUGCCCUGUAAGUGCUGCCAUGACUGUUUUGUUUGCUUGUGUAACAUCAGCUGGGAGGAGGGAUAUCUGCCUGAUGUGAGUUGAAGGCCUACUCCCCAUACCCCUGGCCAUCUGUGGCAGUUUCAGAGAUGAAGCAUAAAAGAAUUAGUUGGGGGGGGGGGGGGGGGGGGGGGGGGGGGGGGGGAGUCCACAAGGCAGCUGUUCCACAGGCUUUAACCAGCUCCCCUGGGAAAUCUGGUUGUAUAUCACUGACAGGAAGAACUUCCUCCUCUUGAGGAUGACGUUGGCCUAGAUAUGGCCCACCUGCUACAUGAUGUAGGACAGCACCAUUGCAGAAAGUCCCCAGAAGCUCUUGACGUCUGGCUACCCUGCCAAUAUAAGCUCUCAGGCCCUGCUACUUAACCUGCUGAGCAGAAUGUUAUCUCCCAGUCUGUAGAUGGCAGGGGCCAAGGUCUUGUGGAUAUUGAAAAGCCCCUCUGACUAGUAAUAUUUUGCCUGACAAGGUAAAAGGGGUGGCAACAGUUUCUCUGACCAGGCGGUUGCCGGAGCGCCUUCUGCACUUGCCACAAGGUUGUUGAGCUUCAAUAUGAAGCUGUACACUAGAGGGGACCAAGGCAACCAGAAUGACUGCUUUACCUCCAGCAAUGGCCUUUGCCAUUAAGUAGGAAAGCCAUUAAGGGUCCUGUAGGGCAAAAGCAUGAGGGUCUGACAGGCCUAGGUACAGCCUAAUCUGAGUGACAAACUUGAUGAAGCCCUUCUCCUCCAAGGGGGCCUCCAUCAUUGUCAGCUCUUUUUGUCUCUUCUUUUGCUUCGUCCCGCUCUAUUUCAGAUGAUCUCUUCUCUAUACUCAUUGAAGCUGAUCCAGCACCGGAUACCACUAUCUGGGCAGGAACUGGCAACACUUUUGUUGCCUUAACUGCUCAAGUCCCUCAGAUGGGAACUCAGUGGGACUGGAGGAGGGGACCCCUGUGGAUGUCUCUUGCUGGCACUGAAGGGGGGUAUGUGGCAGUGUAGGUGACAAUCUUGUCUGGGAUGCAGCAUGGCUGCGCCACUCUCAGUAGUAUCUGGCAUUCCUCUCCAAUCUGUUACUUGAACUCCUGUCUCUCAGCCAGUUCCUUGAGUGGGAAUGGCUACAUCAGCUGUCCAAGCACCUCAUUAACCUAUUGUGGUGCACAUGACUAUUACUUCUGGCAAAGGAUUGGUGUCAUCUCCAAAGCGUGCUCUAUCUUGUUGAUUUGCUCCUCCUUGAUGAUGUGCUCUGUCUCCCCACUGCUAAGAUGCAGUACGAUCUGUUGCUCUUGGAGGAAGAUGUAUAUCUCUGAUGCUGUCCUGAUGGGGGAGAGAUGCAGAGGACAAAUGACAAAGCUGUGGCCUGCCAUGGAGGGUCAGUGUCCCUUCGCCCUACUAUCUGAUGCUGCCCCCAAAUGGCCUCUCUCCAGUCUGAUUCUUCAAAGGAGGGGAAGAGGGGUCAGUGGAAUUGGAUUUGGGGCAUUUUUUGCCAGUGGUAGACCUUCUCCAUGUUCUCACUUAAUGCUGAAGAUGGCUGAAAAGGGAGACUAGAAGCAGACCUUUUCUUCCCCUGCCAACAUCAGCUGGAGGACAAUGACAGGGGGCUGGGGAAGUUCAUGUGAAACAGCCAUCUGUCUAGUCUGGCCCUUCAGAUCAGAUGUUGUUUACAUGGUAUGGUUGUGGGGAUACUUCGAAUGGCAUCAAAUACCCGACCCUGAGAACAUCCACCACCCACUGUUCUGCUCCCAGGUCCUGCCACACCUUCCAGUGAUUUGCCAGGCAACCCCCCACUGGUGUGGUUGAGUGAUGAGAGGCGCCCAUCCUAUCGUUUUGAGCCUCUCCCUCUUCCACUAAUCCCCCUUCCUCUGUUAUUUCUAUUGUGAAAGGGCCGAUGAGCUAACUUCUUUGGGGAAGAGGGUCUUGUUGUUCUAAUAGGGAUGUUAUGCCUCACUGGCUUCUUUCGAGGUAUUUGCUGCGGCCUUACCUCCAUAGGGUUAGCUUGACUGUUAGAAGUUUUUCUAACUGCCUGCUGUACCAAUCUAUCGUUAGUGUCCAUCCUUCUUCUAUCUAUAGCCUCUUCCAGUAUGGCCUCUGGCAAUUGCGACUCUAAGAUAUCCCCAUUCCUCAUGCUAACAGUGAAUCCAAAUCAACAGUGCAGCUUAGUCUAGCCAAAGUUGCAUCCCUCCUCAUUAACAGGAUAUUUCCCCAAACAUUGGCACUUAAAUUUGUCAAGUACGCAAUUGCUUUGGCACCUGAUUGUAGUAAUCUAAUGAACACUGAUUCAUCCACUACUUUUCUUGUCACUUCUGAGGAUGCAAUCUUCGCCACUGCUGUUGACCAAAGAUCCAGCCAGGAAGCAGUCUGAAAGACAGAAGAAGCUGUUGCUUCUAACGUAGCAGCCUCUUGGCAAGUCAUCGAAGGGCAUUCCAUUUUAACUUGAUCUAAGGUUAAUCCAGGCCUUAACCCUUACCACAUUUGGGUUAAUUUGUCUAGAUAGCAAAGGAACCGUCGGUGUCGUAUAAUAUUUCCUGUUUCAUCAUUGGAGGAGGGAUAAACUUAAACGAUCUAUUUGAUCUUAAGGAAUUAUCCCUUCCUGCAAUCUGUGCGUUUAUGUGUUGUAAAACGGACUCCGCAUGACAAACAAGGCAAUUCAUACGACACCUUGGUAUCCUUUUGCAACCCAAACGCCAUGUCAAUCCCCGGAGGAAGCAUACUGGCAUUGUAGUCUUUCUAAGACACUUUGUAGUCUCUACUGGCAACUCCGCGUCAGCCACUAGCCCAGCGACCGUCAACUCACUCGCUUGUUCGGACUUGUAAACAGCUUCAUCCGCUAGCUUUGAGCUUACCAGCCACUGACUUCUUGCCUUUCUUGCUGACUGGGAUGUGACAGUCCUGGCCCGAAGAUGAAGAAGAAUUCACUCUUCUCCUCUUGGCCUGAGGAUCAGUCACGAAAUCCCGUAUCCUCCAAUGCUUGACUGGUACACACCGUAACGUCAACGAGCUCAGUGAUGACGCUGAGCUAGAGGAAGAAGAUGAAGAAGAUGAUGAAUCACGCCUUUUCUUUUUGUUUUUCUUAAAUUAAUUUUCUUCUCUAGAUCCUGUAAUGUCUUCAUUACAGUGUGUACCACCGAGUCAGAAAGCGUAUUUGGGUCCGGAGGCAGCGAAGUAGACCGAGAAGCAGUAGGCUGUGACGUCAUCGCGUCUGCCAUGUCGGCUGUGACAUCACCAAUCUUGUAGGGAGAGACUGGGCGGCUGCUGUUGGCAUCCCUGCGUUUGUAGCAAAACUGCCUCCAACGUUCUGCAUCGCUGUAAACGAGGGAUGAGGAACAUUCAGCGCUGCCGGACUCUGCUGGAAUCGUGACGCCAUAUAAUGCGACAGCAAACCUUCCAAGGUUGGUAUGCCUGGUAGGCCUAGCGCUGCCCACGUACCUUCCAUCCUGUUCGCGUCGGGAGCUGGCACCUGGAACAAAGAUGGCGAUGCUCUCCCCCCUCCCUGCUGGGAACAAUGGAGUGUAAAUAUUAUGCAUAAAAUUACCCAAAACCCCUCCUGGAGUUUCCGAUAACGAACCGCUAGGAGAAACCGAAGGGGUAUGGGACAAAUCAAAAGCAGGUGGCAAAACAUAUGGAGCAGUCUGUUGUACUGCUGAUACAAAAGAAGCUGGCAACGCUUGGUCAUCCAUAGAUGGCGUUGACUUCUUUCUUUUGUACUUGCCUUUCUUAUAACACUUCCUUCACUGUUCCACCGACCAACCGCGACAAACAGAACAAGGAUUAGUAAUUGUACAUACAUUUUCUCUGCACCUACUACACGUUGGAUGAGGAUCCGUCGACAUCGAAGCUAGGAAUCUUGAACAGGGAAAGCCACUGACACCAGGGCAUUUCCUUUGUCUUGUCUUCGAAACGGAAGAAGAUCCCGAUGGUGAAGCAAAAACCUCCAUCUCACCACUUACACACUUUUACAGCUCACCCACACUGAGCACACUCAGAGAAAGAGAAUUCACAAGAAAAAUGAAAGUGAAAUGGAUAAAAAGAGAAUUCACAAGAAAAAUGAAAGUGAAAUGGAUAAAAACAGGCAAAGUAAACCAGCUUUAAACAGAUGGACAGUAAACACGUCCUAUCUUAAAGGUGGUAGAAAGAUAACUGCUAGGUCACGGGACGCCGAGGGCGUUCUGGGUAAUACAUGCCCCGUGACCGGGUAUAGAUGCCAAUAGUCCCUGGAUCGCACAAGUUUAAUUUUAAUUCUACCGGUUUCCAGCUUGGCGCUAGUAAAUCCUAAUGUUAAGACUGAAGGUUUUUUUUGUAUCUGAACAAACAGCCAAUUCACCAAAAGAGAACCAAAUAUAGCAGACAAUAAAGAAUGAAUCCUCGAGUUACCAAAUCUCAACUAAUUGUACACUAUAGACUGUAUCAUUGUAAAUUGAUGACAUCUAAAUAUUUUAAAGAAAAUCAGCAAACAUGUACCUUCAUUCUUCAUUUUCUUAUGUGUCUUUGAUAUGAUAACCUUUGCUUGCCAAUUCCUCCAGUACUGUUUCAUCUUUUCCCUUGGCAACAGUUUCUUCUCUCUUACACCACCUAUCUUCUUUCUGUACACUGCCUAUGAAGUACGUAUCUGUUCUUCAAGGCAUGAUGAAAUUCAUAUUACAUAAAUCUGUCUAUUACAGGCAGUUCCUGGUUAUCGGUGGGGGUUCUGUCCUCAAAGGGGUGCUGAUAAGUGAAAACCACCAUUAACCGAAACUGAUUUAUGGUGGCAAUAAUUCAUCAAUGGCACUGAUAACUGGUGCCAUAACUAUUAUAAGGCGCCAAUACAUACCCAGAACUGGCUCGUUAUGGCACCAUAAAUCACUAAUUUUAUGGCACAUGAAACCAGAUUGCCAUUAACCGAGUCCGCUGAUAACCAGGGACUGCCUGUAUUGGACAUUUGUAUUUCUGUGCAACACUGUACCUGUUAGACAAAUAUAUUUCCUUGUACAGGCAAGUCCCCAGUCAACGGCAGGGGUUCCGUUCCUGUCCGACGCUGCUAACUGAAAAUCAGCAAUAACAGCACUAGCAAUCGACUUAAUAAUGCAGUUAACGAUAUUGGUGCCACUGCUGGCUGUUCCUGGCCGACGCUGCUGACUGAAAAUCAGCAAUAACAGUACUAGUAACAGACUUAACAACGCAGUUAAUUGAUAUCAGCUCCGCUGUUAACUGGAGAUUGGCACCAAAAAUCAGUCGACAGUGUCGCUAGAGAAGUGCCGUAAAACCAGAUAGCCUUUAACCGAUGCCACCGUUUACUGGGGGCUGCCGGUAAUGCUACAAUUCUUUGGCAGGUGUAUUUUCAUGUAAAACUACAUGGUCCCAAAAUGCUUGUGUGCAAAUUUUUAAACCUUAUGUAUGGAAAAAUAUUUUUUCAUGCAAAAAUAAUUUUUCAUAUUGUAUAUGUUCUUCAGUCUUCUUAUUGAAGAUAAUAAUGAACUUCUGGUGCACAAUACUUACAGUAGAAUAGGAGAUUGCUUUUAAUAAGAAGUCACCAAAUCUUAGAAAUUCACUUAGUUUCCUAAAAUAUAAAAAAUCUUAUUAACACAAAUUGUUAUUCUCUUUGAGCAUGCAAGGAAUAUGUUGUAUAAUAAAAAUGUUAUUGUAGUAGACAUUACAUAGACUGUUCAAUAUAAAAGUAUUUCAAGAGUUCUCAUUGUACAUACAUCAGUUAAUAAUUGCAUAAAGGCAUACAUUUAAAAGACUUAUGAAUGCACACUAUGUACAGUGACCCAUUUCUGAGCUAGUCAUUCUAUGUUGACAUGACUGAAAAUUGUUAAUAAAUUAUUAUUUUUUUACUUUUACAGAUAAUCUAAUGUCUACUCUUACAGUCCCCCUAGGUGCAGACAAUGAAUUGCAAUGUAAGAACAUUUUUAGUGUCCUGUAAAACAAUCUUGUCAACUCAGGUAUACAAUCUCUUAGGGUAACUUAGUGAAAAUUUGUAUAUUUGUAUAUAGAACAUGAUUGAUUUCCUUAUCUUUAAAGAACAUACUGUAAUUAAAUUUAUCAUGAAAAAUAAAAAAAUUACAGUUUUUUAAAAUUUCA